AUGAUGCAGCAGAAAGCAGAGAUUUGCCCUUUGUUACUUAAGGUAAUUCAUAAUGUGCUGGACAGAUGCAGGCAUGGAGGUCAUAAACGACUCCGCAGUGAACAGCAUAAACUCACAAAAGCUGAUCUGCAACCAAUAGUGCUGGAGCAAUCCGAGAGAAUCUAUUGUACUUGUGGAACAUCUCCAGCAGGAAAUAGUCAGGGUGGUCUUCAGCGUCUCAGUCAAACACGUUUAACUCGGACUGAGGAUUUAUCUCAGAGAAUCCACAGUCUGCAGCAUUCUGUGGAAAACAUACUAGCUUCUGAUCGUGAGUAUAUAGAAAGCACAAUUUCUAUGUAUGACAAAAUAGAAAGUCACAUUACAAAAUUAUUUCCUUCUGCUUUGCUUGCCAUGGAGGAAACCACAAAAGAGAAUGAGGAUGCAAACAGCCAGGUCUUCAACAGUACAGAGGGCGGCAUCCGCAAUUAUGAUUUACCUCGAAGAAUCGACAGACUGGAACAUUCUAUUGAAAGCCUACUCGCUUCUAAACGUGAUUUGGUACAAAGAAUAGGUUCUAGAUUUGACAGAUUAGAAAAUUUGCAUAAAAGAGUACUUCCUGAUGCUUUUGUUACCAUAGAGAAAAACACAAAAGAUCAUGAGGAUGCAGACCGGAGGAUCUUCGACUAUACUAUGGAGUAUUCCCUACCAAAUGAUGAUUUAUUUCAGAGAUUCUGCAGACUAAAACGUUCUGCUGACAGGCUAGUAACUUAUGGUGAUGAUUUUGUUCUAAGCAUAGCUUCUAGGACAAGAAGUCUGCGUAAAAGAAUAUAUCCUUAUGCUGUUCGUGCUGUGGACCAAAUAAGGAAAAAACAAAAAGAGCGCGAGGAUGCAAGCAGCAAGAUCCUCAAUAAGACUACAAAGGCUCAAAACAGUUCUGCCGCUUUUAGUGUGUAG